UGGUUAAUAUUGCUGUGUAACAAAGGUUCCCAACAAUGUGUAAAUUUGGUUAGAGCAUCUCCAAUGGCAAGCUAAUUGCGUUUAGGUUUUCACCCAUUUGCAUUUCUAUCUAAUUAUUACCCCCAAGGGUUAGCUACAUCUUUCGAUUUUGGGUUCUACUUACCAUUAAUGAGACCCACUUUCUCAACAAUCUUGAGUUUGCUUUUCGCAAAUUUCCCCUCAAGCAAAUUGCUAAAGCUGGACUUUUAAAAAUCGCAAGCAAGUAACUAGCUACAAAUACAAACCAUCGGAGAUAAACAGUUUAGACAGGAGGUCAAAGAUGAGCAUUAUUAAUACACAUUACAAAUUUGCAAUGGAGUGAAAGAACAAAAAAUUAAUUUCUGUUUCUUGGAAAUCAACCCAUAUUGGAAACAAAUUAGGCUAGCUUUUUAUAGAAACAAAAAUCAGCUCUUAUUCUCACCAACGGUCCACAGUCCUCUAAUGAAUUUGAAUUUGAAAAUUAUAUGACCGUUACUUUACCUCCUACUCCCCCUUUAAAAACCCAUACAUAAUUUCAUUUCACAUUCCAAUUCAAAUUUACCUUCAAUCCCCUCAAAACUCAGUAAAAAACUUCAAUUAAUUUUCCUCUAACCUCUCCCAUGGCUACUACUGCAACCUCCAAUCUCCCCAUGAACAACGAUCCGAUACCGGCGAAGAAGGGAAGAAGUAGAAAGGUACUCAAGGACAAAAACCCAUCAACAAAUGAAGCAAAUAUUCUAGCUGGGAAAUCAUCUGAGCCAUUGGAAUUAUCGGGUUCGGUACCGGAAUCUGAUCCAGGGAAAGAGAACCAUGAGGGUCUCUCUCAACCUCGGUCAGCAAAGAAGAAAUCAAAAUCAAAGUCGAAGAACACGAAAGUUGAAGAGGCGAAUAAUUUUGAAAAGGAUUUGCAAGAUAUGCAAGAAAUGUUGGAGAAAUUGAAGAUUGAGAAAGAGAAAACUGAGGAAAUGUUGAAGGAGAAAGAUGAGAUAUUGAAGAAAAGAGAUGAAGAGCAACAAAAGCUUCAAUUGGAGCUCAAAAAGUUGCAGAAAAUGAAGGAGUUUAAGCCUACUAUGACUUUGCCCAUAAUUCAAUCAUUGAAAGACAAAGAUUUAGAGAAGAAAGACAAGAAAAAGAAGGAAUGUCCAGAAAGAAAAAGGCCAGCUUCAGUAUAUGCAUUGUGGUGCAAAGAUCAAUGGAGUGAGAUAAAAAAAGAGAACCCAGAUGCUGAUUUCAAGGAAAUCUCAAACUUAAUGGGUGCAAAAUGGAAGAGCAUUACUUCAGAAGAGAAGAAGCCAUAUGAGGAGAAAUACCAAGCUGAUAAAGAAGCUUAUUUGCAGAUUAUCAGCAAAGAAAAGCGCGAAAUCGAAGCAAUGAAGUUGUUGGAGGAAGAGCACAAGCAGAAGACUGCAAUGGAGCUACUUAAUCAGUAUAUUGAAUUUAAGCAAGAAGCAGAUAAAGAGACCAAAAAAACCAAGAAAGAGAAGGAUCCAUCAAAGCCAAAACAGCCAAUGAGUGCUUUCUUCUUGUACUCGCAGGAGAGGCGAGCCAAUUUGCUUGGAGAAGGAAAUAAUCUGCUUGAGGCUUCAAAGAUCAUAGGUGAAGAGUGGAAAAAGAUGACAGAAGAGCAAAAAAGACCUUAUGAAGAGAUUGCAAAGGAAAACAAGGAAAAAUACCAACAGGAAAUGGAGCUGUACAAACAAAAGAAAGAAGAAGAAAAUGCUAACUUGAAAAGAGAAGAAGAUGAAAUAAUGAAAAUUCAGAAAGCUGAGGCAUUUCAGCUUCUUAAGAAGAAAGAGAAGACUGAUAACAUUAUAAAGAAAACCAAAGAGAUGAAGAAGAAAACAAAGGAAGAGAAAGUUGUGGAUCCAAACAAGCCGAAACGGCCUCUAUCAUCUUUCUUUCUAUUCAGCAUGGAAGAAAGGAAAAACUUGGUCAAAGAACGGCCUGAAACCAACAACUCCACCAUCACUGCACUUAUUUCUUUGAAAUGGAAGGAAUUAAAUGAAGAGGAGAAGAAAAUUUGGACUGCUAAGGCAGCAGAAAACAUGGAAGCAUACAAGAAAUUGAUGGAAGAAUAUAACAAACAAUCCGAAGCCGAAACCGGAGCUAAGCAAGGCUAAAUCACAUUCAUAAAUCAUCCAAAUCUGCAUUGAUGUUCAAGUUGCUCGGUUGAACAUCUUGAAUGGAAUUUUUAGAACUUAGUUUCUCUAAUUAGUACCUUUUCUUAAGCCUCUAAGUAACUUUUUCUUCAACUCAUGGCUUAUUGUUUAGGGAAAUUCUACAUGGUGGCCUCCUACUUUGGGUUUUUCUACUUGGUGGCAGGCAAAAAAAAUUUUUAUACCAAGUGACCUCCUACUUUGGUUAAUUAUA